ACAGCCCAGCCCGGCACAGCUGCCAGAGAUGGAUAUCUUAAAUGAGAUUGUAGCAUCGGGUACAUUUCGUGCCGCGAAGGAGCCUUUGGGUUUUGUGCGGGUUCUGGAGUGGAUUUUUGCAAUCUUUGCAUUUGCAACAUGCGGUGGUUACUCAGGAGAGCUGAAAGUCAGUGUGGACUGUGCAAACAAGACACAAAGUAACCUGAACAUUCAGAUAGGAUUCUCUUAUCCUUUCAGGUUACACCAAGUGUAUUUUGAUGCACCCACCUGUGAAGGAAAAAAACAGGAGCGGCUGUUUCUGAUAGGAGACUACUCUUCAUCCGCAGAGUUCUUCGUCACCGUUGCAGUCUUUGCAUUUCUUUACUCUCUGGCAGCUACCGUGGUUUAUAUUUUCUUCCAGAACAAAUAUCGUGAAAACAACAGAGGACCUCUAAUUGACUUCAUUGUGACCGUGAUCUUUUCAUUCAUGUGGCUUGUGAGUUCCUCAGCCUGGGCAAAAGGGCUCUCUGACGUUAAGAUUGCCACGGAUCCUGAUGAAGUGCUCCUCCUGAUGUCAGCCUGCAAACAGCAGAACAACAAAUGCUUGCCUGUCAGAAACCCUGCAAUGUCAGGGUUAAAUACGUCUGUUAUCUUUGGAUUCCUUAACUUCAUCCUGUGGGCUGGAAAUAUUUGGUUUGUGUUCAAGGAGACUGGCUGGCACACGUCAGGGCAACGGCAACCUCAAAGCACCAUGGAAAAGCAUACUGCUCCAAGUGGCUUUAACCAACCGUACAAUCAAGGUGCAUAUGACCAAGAAAGCUUCAGUCAAACAGGCGGUUACAACCAGCAAGCUGGCUACGGACAACAGCCAGCGAGCUACGGGCAGCAAGCUUCCUACGGUCAGAUUGGAGGAUAUGGUCAACAAGGUGUGGGUCAGGGUGGUUUUGCCCAGAAUCCUCCAACUUCUUUUACUAAUCAAAUGUAACCUGUCCCAGGGGUCUUUGUUUCCGUAUCUUUUUCUGAGAUUUCAACAGCAUCAAGCUUCAAGUUAGUUAUUGGAUUAUAAAUUGGCAUUGAGUACUUUUGUGAUAUUGGUAAACGGAAAUAUGAUUUAAAAAUGGCACGUGUUAAUAAUGUCUAUGUGUUAAAAUUUAGAGAUGGUGAUUGAUAUAAGUAUUGAUGGUUGCUGUAAGUAUCACUUUAUAAAAUGCCUUAAUGGUUGCUUUUUAUGUUGCAUUGAGACAGUAAUAUCUGUAAACUUAUUGAAAUACACCAACAUGUGUUGUCCUGCUUAUAUGCUGUUUAUUCCUGGCAUCUGUGGUAGAUUCUGUCUGAGCAGAUAGAAUAUAACUUAUCAUUUUGAAUUUUGGUGAGAAAUAAAUAAGUGGCCCCUC